CCCCCAUCAGCCAGUACUAGUUCUGAUUUAUUACUUUCCCCCUUGGGGAUCUUUGCGCACCCGCUGCUGGGAUAGGAUCCUCUCAAUUCUUUUGCCUUAAUUGCCUUGAAGUUCCUACUGGUCUCCUCUUCCUCCCUGUGCCGAUUUGUUGGUACUUUCAAGGCAUCGCCACCAUGGCCUACGCAGCGCGAUUCCUCCGCCAACCAUCCCAUCAACGCUGCCAUGGACUAUCCAUCCUCUUCCGCCCCCGCAUCACCGCCUACAUUCCCAUCCCAGCACACGCCAAUGCCUUCACCACCAGCACCCCACAUCAGGCAUGUCCCUCACAAUCCAAGCCCGCCCCCUCCCUCCUCCAACCGACGUUCUGGACCACCCCGAGCGUAUGGAAACGCGCCUCCCUCAACACCCUCCGCUGUCUGGUGGGCUGCACACUAGGCGAUUUCUCCAUGCUUUGGUUCCUACAAGCCUACUUUCCGGCUUUGGGGAUGGGCGCGAUUAUGGGUACUUCGAUGGCCGCGGGAAUCGCCUCCUCUAUCAUGUUGGAGACCACUCUACUCCGUCUGGGGAAGGAUCAACUCCCCUGGCGGGCGGCUUUCCGCACAGCCACGGGCAUGAGUCUGAUCUCGAUGCUGGCUAUGGAGUGUGCGGAGAGCGCCGUUGAUUAUCAUUUGACCGGGGGUUGUGUGGCCUUGGAUGAUCCCCAGUUUUGGGGGGCGGCGGUGGUGUCGGUUGGUGUGGGCUUUUUGGCGGCGUUGCCGUAUAAUUAUGCGCGGUUGAAGAAGUAUGGAAGGGCGUGUCAUUAAUUGGGAGGGUGGGGGUGGUGUUUCAGUCAAAGCAGGAAUGUGUACGAUGUGGUUUGCGGUUCUCUCCGCUGGAAUGUGGAGCUCAUCGGUCAGAUAUCUAGCUGGAUAUAGUCGUGCAACAACCGGUGUCCAAUCCAACCAGCCAGCUGCAGU